AUGGAAUUUUAUCCCCUGCAGAUUGCUGGUCUGGUUCUUGGGUUCCUUGGCAUGGUUGGGACUCUUGCCACAACCCUUCUGCCUCAGUGGAGGGUGUCAGCUUUUAUUGGCAGCAACAUUAUUGUUUUUGAAAGGCUCUGGGAAGGGCUUUGGAUGAACUGCAUUCGACAAGCCAAGGUCCGGUUGCAGUGCAAAUUCUACAGUUCUUUGUUGGCGCUCCCACCUGUCCUAGAAGCAGCACGCGCCCUCAUGUGUGUGGCAGUUGCUCUCUCCUUCGUUGCUCUGCUCCUUGGCAUCUGUGGCAUGAAGCAGAUCCAGUGCACGGGCUCUAACGAGAAGGCCAAAGUGUACCUUCUGGGGACUUCGGGGAUCCUCUUCAUCCUGACCGGCAUCUUCGUUCUGAUUCCUGUGUGCUGGACAGCCAACAUCAUCAUCAGGGAUUUCUACAACCCAGCCAUCCACGUGGGUCAGAAACGAGAGCUGGGAGCAGCCCUUUUCCUUGGCUGGGCGAGCACUGCCGUCCUCUUCAUUGCAGGGGGUCUGCUCUGUGGAUUCUGCUGUUGCAACAGAAAGAAGCAAAGGCACAGAUAUCCAGCCCCUGCGUAUUGUGUGCCACACACAGAGAAGCGAAGGAACGUGACAAUGUUUAGUAAGACUUCCACCAGUUAUGUCUAA